GCACUUGGUGCAUCAGAGUGCAGUCAAAUUUGAAAGCUUUGAGGAUGCAGCAACUGGAGGAAGGAGGAUGGUUUGGCUAUUAUACGAAUAUUUUUAAAGAUGAAGAAGGUGAAGCUCAACGAGGUGAAGUGCUUUCCUGCCAGGUCACACUGCUAGCAACUGAAGAACUGGAUUGAGAAUCUGUGGACCAUGCUCUUUGCAGGGCCUCUGGGCUCUUGCAGGUUCAGCAGGUGCAGGCCUCCCGCAAACUCCCUGCUUUAUCCACUCCGGAGGCCAAGUGUUUUUAAGGCUACACAAACAUCAUAAAGAGCUACAGAAAUUGGUGGAUACUAUGCCAUCAAUUAAACAUGAGGGACGCCCUUGUGGAAUUUGGGUCAUUUGAUCUUCCCUGCCUGACGCCCACCUGCCCAGAUUACUGGAUCUACUCGGGGUCCCUGACUACCCCGCCACUCUCCAAGUCCAUCACCUGGAUCAUUAAGAAGCAGCCUGUAGAGACUGAUCAUGAUCAGACCUCGGACAGAUCUGGGAGCCGAAUCCGCCCUCGAAGGCCCCGACCCCGCCGCACCGCGAUCAUGGGCAGCUACCUGGGCAAGUACGUGGGCACAGCCGAGCCCGCGCUGCCGCCCCCCGCCCCGGAACGCAGGUCCCAGCGACUCAGGCCCGCCGGCCGCCCGCCACGCUGGGAUCAGGGCCCAGCCGGCCACGUCCACCAGCAGUGCCGGAUGCGAGCCAAACCCCGCUCCACCAUCCCGCCCGGCGGGGACCACGCCACCAUCCGGAGGGCCUUUGUGCCCAAGGCCCGGAAGCACUUCCCCAGCAGGGCGGCCCGCCACACCUCCAUGGGGCUGGCUUUCUCCGAGAAUCAGAGUUUCGUGCAGCAGUGCCUUUGGAACGUCCGGAACCCUCGAGGCACCCGGGGCCCGGUGACCGUCAAAAUCCAUCCUCCUGAGAGCAGAGGGAGCGUCUACAGGUGUCCACCCCCCGAGGAGCCCCCGGACCCCUGUGCCAAGGAGACCGUCCUGAAGGCCCUCAGCCUGUGCCCGAAAGGAAAAAAGAAGUUCGACGGACCUCUCUGGUUUGAGAUCCCUGACACCGAGGAGAGGAGCCCGAGCCCCCCGCGCAGACCAUCCGCCUUCAAGCCCGUAUGGAGAAAUGGAGUGAUCCCUUCCUUCGUGCCCAGGCCUGGGCCUCUGAGGGGACGCGUCUGCCCCUGAUGCAACAGCGCUUGAGAGGAGGAGACGGACCCCUGGCCUGACCUCCAGCCUUCCCUGAGCCUUCCCUGUCUGCUGCCCACCCUGCUGAAAGGACACCUCCAGCCCCAGAGCCUCCCUGGAGACCUGGGAGCGGAUCAGCACUCCCUGGGGCCUGGGGCCUGGGGCCUCCUGCAGCCUGAUGUCCCCUUUGUCUAAGAGGCAAGGCCCUGCCCCCACCACCUGCUGAGACUCAAACCCACAGUUCUUCUACCCUGUUGACCCCUGUUCUCCUACUCCUCCAUGAGUCACUGACCCACCAGGCCGCCUCCCACCACCCGGACUGGCAGGUCUGCCAAGCCCCCAGAACCCCCUCUCUGUUCCCUGCAGAGCCCAAUCUGAAGAAACACUGCUGAUAUGAAAACCUUUGCCUUCCUCCUGCCCACCCUCUCCUGCCUUUUCUCUGGGGACACACUCACCCGGAAAGUGUGCUUCUCCACUAUUUGCCCAGUUUGUAGAGUUGAAAGUUUGUUCUUGUUUUAAAUAAUAAUAAUGGUACAGCUUUAUUAUCAUAGAGAUUGUCAUAGUCUUUCUUUCAGAGAUUCACAUAUUAGGAUU